GAAGAAAAGAAAACCUAAUAACAAAGCAAAGAAGGAGCAAUGGAAAAAUGAAGUGAAGGCCAUCCACAAUAGAACACGUGUACCAAAAAGGCAAUGAUGAAUUGGAAAGUAUGCUUAUGCUUAAGAGUUAAGACAGCAAAUUGUACAAUUUUGUAUGAAGUGUUCGUCCCUCCAUCCCACUUCUAUUAAAAAAGAAAAGCGCCAAGAGGAAACAGGGAAGCGGGAAAGAGAAGCAGCAUGGCAGAAGAGCAACUUGUAAGCAUGGGCUUUCCGGAAGAAAUCGCCGCCGAAGCACUGACGGCUACGGGCGGCGAUAUCAUCAAAGCCACCGAGUGGAUUCUCAGUAACAGCCACAACAACAAAGAUUCCCAAGAUUCUUGCAAUUCUAGCCCAAUUUCACCAUUCCAGCCCAAAAUUGAUCGAUUUUUUACAUUUCAAUCCAAACCCCUCACACCCACUUCCGUUAAACCCAUUGUUACUAAUCAGGAGGUGGCAACCCAUGAAGAAGAUGUGGAAUCUCCAUUCCUUCGUUUAACAAAGCGUCCUAAAGUAUCUGAUUCUGAACAAGGAAGAAAUAAACACCCACAAAAAGGACCCCCACAUGAACCUUUGUCUGAACGAAUGAGACCUCGUACACUUGACGAUGUUGUUGGUCAAGACCAUAUUUUAGCACCAAAAUCUCUUCUUCGAUCAGCCAUUGAUUGUGGUCGUUUGCCUUCAAUACUUCUGUGGGGACCACCAGGUACUGGAAAAACAUCCAUUGCUAGAGCUAUAGUUUACACUUGUUCUUUUACUUCUGCUGAAGGUGGCGUAAAUACUUAUCGGUUUGUUUCUUUAUCUGCUGUUACUUCGGGUGUUAAGGAUGUUAGAGAUGCUGUUGAAGAAGCAAGAAGAAUGAAAAAGAAGGGGAAUAAAAGGACUAUUUUGUUUAUUGAUGAAGUUCAUAGGUUCAAUAAGGCUCAGCAAGAUUCCUUUUUGCCUGUAAUUGAAGAUGGUAGUGUUAUUUUCAUGGGAGCAACAACUGAAAACCCAUCAUUUCAUUUGAUUACUCCUUUAUUGUCUAGGUGUAGAGUUUUGACUCUAAACCCCUUAAAACCCCACCAUAUUGCUAUGUUACUUAGGCGAGCCGCGAAUGAUUCUGAUAAGGGGUUGUCUUGUUGUAUGGGAGAGACGAUGAAAAUUGAAGUAAAUGAUGGAUGCAUAGAGUUUCUUUCAACAAAUUGUGAUGGAGAUGCAAGGGUUGCAUUAAAUGCCUUGGAAAUUUCAGCUACCACUGCUGCUGCACGAACUCGAAUGGCAAGAAAUGAUGAUGUGUCUUCUUUCUCUGCAGUUGUAACUCUGGAUGAUGUAAAAGAAGCAAUGCAAUGUAAGCAUUUGGCUUACGAUAAAGCAGGAGAUGAACAUUAUAAUCUAAUCAGUGCGCUUCACAAAUCUAUGAGAGGAAGUGAUGCUAAUGCUUCCAUCUAUUGGCUGGCGAGAAUGUUGGAAGGGGGUGAAGAGCCUCUUUACAUAGCACGUAGGCUGGUUAGGUUUGCUAGUGAAGAUGUGGGGUUAGCUGAUCCAUCGGCUCUUUGCCAGGCUGUUGCUUGCUACCAAGCUUGCCAUUUUAUUGGCAUGCCCGAGUGCAAUGUUAUCCUUGCUCAGUGUGCUGCUUAUUUGGCCUUGGCUCCAAAGUCUAUAGCCGUCUAUAGAGCACUGGGGGCAGCUCAAAAAGUGGUAAGGGAGUCAGUUGGACAAAAUGAAGGAGUGCCCCUUCAUCUUAGGAAUGCACCAACUAAGCUAAUGAAGGAUCUUGGUUAUGGAAGGGAAUAUAUUUAUCCUCCUGACAAUCCAAACUCAUCCCAGACUUACUUGCCACCGUCUCUUCAAGGUUAUAAGUUUCUUGAUUGGCCAAAUGUUGCAGCAAAUGAUCGAUGAUGAGGAUUACAUGACUAUGUUAUGGCUUCAUGAAAAUAGCUUCUUUUUCUGUUAUUUCCUUUGAAGUCAAUGCUGGAGCAUCCAGUUAUGACUUUCACCAGGUCUCUAUGCCGAAUAUUUCUCAAGGCUUGGUAUUCAUCCACGGAUACCUCUUGGACGGGAGCCUCAUCCUCUAAAUUGUUGCCUGAAAGAUUCAGAGUCCAAGGUGGAAUUUCUCCUGAGAACUUAUUUGUUGAAAGGUCUAGCUCCCGUAGGUUUGUCAAUCAGCUAAAUUCGGGAUGUACUCUUCAAAUGAAUUGUCUUGCAUGUAAAGUGUUUCCAAGGGCCAAACAUUUUCCUAGGAGCUUUGAAUCCUGAGAAAUUGUUGUAGGAAAGGUCAAAACCAGCAAGGUUUGUUAAAUCUCCAAUCUCCAUUGGCAGGGAGCCCAUAAAAGAGUUGUAAGAGAUAUUAACAUGUGCCAGGAAUUGUGCCACUGAGAUCGUCUUCGCCUAUAUAAAGCCUCAACAGCUGUUUGCAAUUUCCAAGGGAGGGAGCAGUCUCGUGAUGUUGCCUAUUGAAGAUGAAUCUCGCCUGUCAAUCUGAUUGAAUCCAAGUCGAGAGUUCCCGAGUUUGAAAGGAUACCUAUAGAUGCUGUAUGCUAUCAGUUAGAUGAUUUUCUUGCAAGUAAAGUAUAUUUAGGUUCACCAGCUUUGUAAUUUCUCCUUGAGAGUUGUCCGAAAGAUCCAAGAGAGUUCAGAAGGAAAGAUUUCCAAUAUGAGGCGAGAUGCUUCCUGCUUAACCUCUUGCUUUUCAGAUUCAAGUGAGUUAACCCUUUGGUGUUUGAGGCUACAUGUAACUCCAGGCCAGUGGCAGAAAUGUGAAGAACCAUCCCAAGAAUCCAAGACUGCUAAAGAGUCUUCAGUUAUAUAGGAUUUGACCUCUAGCAACGCUCACAUGUCCGUCUAAUUUCUUUGAGUGGCUGCUGCUUGCAUCUUGAGUUGCACCAACAUUUGAAAUUGAUAGUAGAAAGAGUGAGCAUGAAGAGUAGAUUUACACUUAUACUAUGAACCUUCAUUGCUUUCUCAGUUUUAUUUGAUAGACUUGCGGUUAUAUUACAAGUCUUGGUUUAGCACUGAUUUCAAACAUGAAAUUUGGUUGUUCCUUCUUUAUGCUAAA